CGGAUACCUGUUUAGCAGGUACAGCGUUUGAAUUAUCUCUGUUUUAUAAAAUCCAGUUGAGCGGCUGUACCCCAGUUGAGUGGCAAUCACCAACGUAAACAUUUUGUGUCACAUGAAAAAUUAUUACGUUUUUUUCUAUACUGUUAUCAACGGAAUUUAUAAAUACACAUCAGUAUUUCAUAACGGAACUCUUUUGAUGAAUAUGACUGAUUCCUUUUGUACAUCUAGAUAAAUAGUUUAAUCAGUGGAAACAGGAUUUUAUCAGUAGAAGCGUUCAACGGGGACAUUUCAGUUGUGAAUUUUACUCCGAUUAUGAAGUGAAGAUAAACCAAAAACUCAAGUGUGAAUUCUCAAACCAACAAUGAUAUUCCUGAAAUGGCAAAAGAAACCCUAUAUUUAAAAUUUUUGCUUUUGACUUCGGUUGUUGCUCUUGCAUGUUUUAUUCUCACAAUUGUAAACGAUUUGCGAUAUCCUAAUAUUGACGUACAGCAUAACAAACAGCAUAUAAAUAGUCGGUUGAUGUUAUGGAAAAUCGACAAAGAACCAAGAGAACAUCAUCACCCAGUUUAUAAAAGAAAAAUAUUGUCUAAAACGACCUAUCCUAUCGUGGUAUCCAGACCGUACAAAAUAAACAAUAAGGAUAUUUGCUCUGGUGUCGAUAAAGUUUCUUGUAUAGUCAUGGUACACACUGCGCCAAAGCAUUUCGAAAGGAGAAUCCGAAUGCGAGCAACAUGGCUGAACUCAACACACUACAGUCCCGAGAGUGUCCGAGUAGUUUUUCUAUUGGGGUUAGUAGCUGAUCCGAUUUUACAAACAAAAUUAGAACACGAAAGUAAAAUUUAUAAAGAUAUAGUGCAAGGAUAUUUCAUAGAUUCCUACAGAAAUUUGACAAAUAAAGGUGUAAUGGGAUAUAAAUGGAUUACUGAACAUUGUAGAAACGCAGAAUUUGUUGCAAAAAUUGAUGAUGACGCUUUUAUAAACUUCUUUAAAUUAUUUGAAGAGAUGUCUUAUUUAAAGGAAAAGAAGAAAUAUAUCAAAUGUAAUAAAAUUUCUAAAGGUUCAAUGAAAAUUAUACGAGAAAAUGACAGCAAGUGGUUUGUUCAAAAUGAUGAAUUCAAAGACAUGAAAAGAUAUCCACACACGUACUGCAGCGGCUUUACGGUGUUUCUGUCAACAGACUUAGUGCCAAUGCUAUAUCAUGCAGCCAUUGGGUCGCCAUUUUUCUGGGUUGACGAUUUUUAUUUAUUCGGAUUACUUCCGUCCAAAGUUCAGGGUGUUAUACAUGAUGGCCUUCGACCAAACUUGACGUUGAGAUUUCCAGAAGGUUUUAAUUGUUAUCAAGAACAGGGUAAAAAAUGUCAGUAUGUUGUGAUGCCAGCUAAAGACAAAGAAAUUUACAGAAUGUGGACAGCUGUUAUCAGAGAUAGAACGCAGAGUAUUUAUGGCAAUUACUACAUGAACUUGCCAUCUAAUAAAGAAAAUGUUCGUCGUUUAUAUUGAAUGUGAUAUUUAUUUAAUUUUAUUGAUAUUUUUAGUUAAAUUUUUAUAUAAAACAAUUCAAAAUUGA